ACGCAUCAUUCACGCGCAUAUUUUUCCAACAACGGAAGUUUAAAAUAGCACGUUGCGAAACCAAAGUCAACUGAAGGAGCAUGAUUCGAUUGUAGGACAUUUUGCUGAAAAAAAGGAACAGGAUAUAUAUUGAAGUAACUUAUCAACAUGGGAGGGAGUAACUCUACUCCGGUGGCACCAAGCGUAACACAGAACUCGGCCUCCCCACCAACAGAAUGUCCCAUGCACAACAAAAGUGCUGGAGACAAAGACAUGAAUUCUAACAACAUCGCCCCAAAGAGUUACCCAAGUGAAUGUCCUAUGCAUCAGGGAGAUAGUAACCCACAGCAAACAACACAGAACUACCCAAGUGAAUGUCCUAUGCAUCAAGGAACUGCUGACGGUCAGAAGAAUCAAUCUGAUGACAUUGAUCCAUUAAACAUGAUGCCACCCCCAAACCAGCGUCCUGCUCCAGAUCAACCAUUUCCAUUGGAAAAGGACAGAAUUAUUUCCAGCAUUCCUAAAGCGGGCGCCAGUGAAAACUGGGUUUACCCAUCAGAACAGAUGUUUUGGAAUGCCAUGUUGAGAAAAGGUUGGAGAUGGAAGGAAGAUGAUAUUGGAGCCAAAGAUAUGACAGACAUUAUUAAGAUUCACAAUGCCAACAAUGAACAAGGCUGGCAUGAAGUCCUUAAGUGGGAGGCUCUCCAUGCAAAAGAGUGCGCUACACCAGCUUUGAAGAAAUUUGGAGGCAAGGCCACAGAGUAUUCUCCAAGAGCCAAAAUUAGGAGUUGGAUGGGAUAUGAGUUGCCAUUUGACAGACAUGAUUGGAUUGUGGACAGGUGUGGCAAGGAUGUGCGCUACAUUAUUGACUAUUAUGAUGGUGGCCAGGUGGACAAAGACUUCCGGUUUUCUAUUUUGGAUGUUCGGCCAGCUUUUGAUUCAUUUGGUGCAUUUAAGGACAGGACGCAUGUGUUUUUUAUGAGACAGGGAUUUACAAUAAUGGAUUGGUUUUCCGGACUAUUUCGUUCUUCAGAUAGUGCAACAGAGAAAAAAUCAUGAGAAUAAUUGCUAGUUUUUGUUUUGGUUAAUUUAUUGCAUAACUACAUGUUCAUCACCCAUCAGUAUUUCUACAUUAUCAAAAUCUCGGAACCAUCUGUUCCUGGCACUGCUGAAAUAGCAAACCUGCGAGGAAGUAUGUGAUUGAUCUACAUCUUUGGCCUAAAAAAAAGUCCUGUGUUUCUGCCAACCUUACUGUCUGUAUAUUUUUGUGUCGAAGAAUUUUAUUUUUUUGGCUAUUUCAAGCAGUAACCUUAAUAGUAAAAACUUUUACAAAAUAUCUCCAUCUACCUACCCUAUUUUGUUCUGGCAUGCUAGUCGAAACACUGUACAUAUAUUAUUUUUUAGGCCUUGCUUGAUUUAAAAGAAACCUAUUCAGUUAUGAUGUAACAUAUGUGCCAGUAAUGUGGAUGUUCAAGACAGUAUCGAAGUGAAAAUGUUGUCAAAAAGCUUUGACUAACUUUGAAAGUAUCUCUCAUUUCCAAAGUAAAACUUCUGUAAUAAUUCUUGUCAUGUAUUUUCAAAGCCAAGAGAACUUUGACAGCGAAACAGCUGGUUGUACAGUAAAGCAUUUAAUUGUUUGUCACAAACUCUUCAGGACAUAAAAUGUUGGUUUACUCCAAUUUUUGUUACAGUUUGCUUUGUUUGAUGUUUAUAAUUUAUACCUAUACUGUAGGGUGAACAGUUCUACUUGCCCCACACUCAGGACUAGUGAAAAUCUUUCAUUAUUUACUGUGACGCUAUAUGUUCGGCCAGCAAAUUAUUCGCAACCUGUUUACACCUGAGGUAUGAAAAUACACACCUGAGGUAUGAAAAUACACACCUUGGGUGAUUACAAUGUGUACAAUAAAUUUGGCAUUUGAUGCAUUCCUGCCCACCAAUACAUCUGCUGCAGUUCAAUCCUAGCCAAGUUAUCAACAAAUGUCAUUUCCUUGUCCUGUAGCAAGUCAAGCCCCUUAUUUGAGUGUUUUUUGUAUUGGCUCCCUGAGCAUAUUGCAGGAUAAAUAUAGUAAAUGCGUAUUGAAAUUGAAAGGUUAAAGUGAGUUACCUGUGACUUGUAUCUGUUAUGAAUGCAUUUUGGUAUUAUCAAUGGCCAGUUGGUACAAGAGGAUAGAACUCGCUAACAUCUUACAUUAUGAGAUUUGUUUGUGUGUAUGAAAUUAAAGAAGUGUAAAUUGAUGAA